UCCUCCUCCCACUCCUCCUCCUCCGCCUUCUUUAAUCCCAAGCUUCCACCCCACGCAGAAAAACCCAGCUGAACUACUGGCCUUGUCGGACGCCCCCACCAACUUCUGCCAAAGGCCAGAAACAGACGGACUUUUCAUCCCAGACACAUCUUGGCCCAGAGCUGGGGAGCUGGGAGACAGGUGGGGAGCUGCAGGUGAGAGUCGGGGGCAACACCUCUGCACCCAACACCUCUCCUAAGACCGAGAAGAACGCAAGGUUCCGUUGGGGGACUUCGUCUACCGGAGCAGCAGACCCAUAGACCUUGAGACCUGCGACCCUAAGGUCUCCCACUCCCACCUUUGAAUGAUGGAACCCCAGGAGAGCAGCGUCCAGUACAACAGAUGGAACAACAGCCAGGAUGAGGUCAGCAUGAAUGUGUCGGCUUCAGGAGGCAUGGACUGUGAGCGGAUCUGCACCAAACUAUGCACUGGGAAGCUGGGCAUCGCCAUGAAGGUGGCAGGUGGAAUCGUUCUGUUCUGGGUCGUCUUCAUCAUCGGCUACGUCACCGGCUACUACAUCCACAAGUGCAAAUAGUGCCUCUCUGAGCCUGCUGGACGGACACCUUUUUGAGGAGCCCUCCACCUACCCAGAGACCUCUUACUUCCUGGCUCAGACCAUCAUGGCAGGCUGGCCCCUGGGGGCGGGCACACACACACACACACACACACACACACACACACAGAGACACAUACUGAGUCUCUUUUCAGUAAGAGAGACAUAUACCUAGAGUGACAGACACACAUACAGGCACACAUUGAAACAGAUAUUGGGAGAAGUAGAGAUAGCUAUACAUGGAGGCACAGACAGACAACACAGAAAGACAGGUGAUCUAACAUGGAAUCCCAGCAAAGCCAAAAAUUUCCCAUGGUCCCUGGGGGUCAGCAGAGAAAUUUAUAGCCUUACCCCCUAGCUCCUGUUGUUGAAGCUCCAGGGUCCUCCCCAAGCUCACAGGCCCACAGCUGUGUCGCUGGCCCUGUGUGUGUGUCUGUGUCUGUCUGUCUGUCUGUCUUGGGGGUGGGGGCUGGUCUCAGCCUUUCAGCUCUGGAGCCUUAUAAGAGGUAUCCCCUUAAAGUUAUUUUUUUGCCCCCUCCCCUGGAUUUGCCCUCAAUUGCUGCACUCAGUCCCAGGGAAUUCUAGCCCCUGGCCUGCCCUGAAGGAAGAAAACCCCAGUGAAUCUGAAUUGGGGGCCUGAUAUUUCUGAUGGCCCCUAGUCACAGGUGCCAGCCACAAGGACUCUGGGAGCCAGGAGAAAGCAGCCUCCAUCCUGAGCAGUCUUGCUCCUGAGCCCUGACCUUAACCCAGAGGCUGAGCCAUGGAGGACUGGGGCGUUCUGGGGGUUGAGCCCCAGCCUCUACGCCCCACCCCCUUCUCGUGCCUUUCCAGAGAGGCAGAAAAUAAUAUAAUAGAAAAGAAGAAAAAAAAAGCCCGAGACUGGAAGGAUUCUAAUAAACAGCCACUUGUCUGACCUCAAGCACGGUUCCCUCUCUGAGUCUUAGUUUAUUCCUC